GUUGGCGCGAGGUGGGGCGCGGCUGGCGGCUGCGCGGGGACAACCGCCCGGCUGGCGUGGAGCGGGCGGUACGCCUGUGAGGUGUCCUCGACCCGACCCAGCCGCUGCGGUCCCCCGCGAUGCCGAGGUCAGAGCCGGGCAGCUCGCCUCUCUGAGCCGGUCUCAACGCGGAAGGCACGGAGGGAGGCCAUGGCAGAGUGCUCUGAGCCCGGGCGGCUGGCGUCGGCGGACGGCGGCGGGAGCCUGGAAGAGGAGGACGACGAGGAGCGGGAGCCGCUGCUGCCUCGGAUCGCUUGGGCCCAGCCACCUAAGGGCGCCCCGGGGAGCGCCGUCAGACUCGUGGAGGCUGCGGGCGAGGAGGGCGCGGCUUCCCCUCGCGAGGCUGGAGACAAGGAACUGCUGCUCCCGUCCUGGGACGCACCCAGCCGCCCCUCCCGGAGCGUGAGUUCCCGGAGCUCGCCCUCCGGCCUGACCCGGAAUGCAGCAUUGAAUACAUUCUUGGAUGAUCCUGAAUUUGCUGAUAUUGUGUUGAAAGCAGAGCAAGCAAUAGAAUUUGGAGUUUUUCCAGAAAGAAUCUCUCAAGGUUCAAGUGGAAGUUACUUUGUGAAGGAUCCUAAGAGGAAAAUUAUUGGUGUGUUUAAACCCAAAUCUGAAGAGCCUUAUGGUCAACUGAAUCCGAAAUGGACCAAAUAUGUUCAUAAGGUCUGCUGCCCUUGCUGCUUUGGUAGAGGAUGCCUGCUUCCUAAUCAGGGAUACCUUUCCGAAGCUGGGGCCUCCCUGGUGGAUGAAAAGCUUCAUCUGGGCAUUGUACCUAAAACAAAGGUGGUUUGGCUUGUCAGUGAGACAUUUAACUACAGUGCAAUUGACCGUGCAAAAUCUAGAGGCAAAAAGUAUGCUUUAGAGAAAGUGCCAAAAGUAGGUAGAAAAUUCCAUCGGAUAGGACUCCCUCCAAAGAUUGGUUCCUUUCAGUUAUUUGUUGAAGGUUACAAGGAGGCUGAAUAUUGGCUUAGGAAAUUUGAAGCUGACCCUUUGCCUGAGAAUAUUAGAAAAGAAUUUCAGUCACAAUUUGAAAGAUUAGUUAUUUUGGAUUACAUCAUCAGAAAUACAGACAGGGGAAAUGAUAAUUGGUUAAUCAAAUAUGAAAAACAGAAACAGGGAAAGGAAAUUAAGGAAACACAAUGGAUUGAUGAUAAAGAAUCACUUAUUAAAAUAGCUGCAAUUGAUAAUGGUCUGGCAUUUCCUUUUAAGCAUCCUGAUGAAUGGAGAACAUAUCCAUUUCACUGGGCUUGGCUUCCUCAAGCAAAAGUUCCUUUUUCUGAAGAAAUAAGAAACUUAAUUCUACCAUAUAUUUCUGACAUGAACUUUGUGCAAGAUUUAUGUGAAGAUCUUCAUGAACUUUUUAAGACCGACAGAAGAUUUAACAAAGCCACUUUUGAAAGUCAGAUGUCUGUGAUGAGGGGUCAGAUCUUAAAUCUUACUCAGGCACUGAAAGACGGGAAGAGUCCCGUCCAGCUGGUACAAAUGCCCUGUGUGAUUGUGGAGCGCAGUCAAGGAAGAAAUCAGGGUCGGAUUGUCCAUCUGAGCAGUGCAUUCACCCAGACUGUCCACUGCAGGAAGCCAUUCUUUUCCUCCUGGUAGCAGAUGUAAGAGUAAAAGAAACAAACCGUUUGGCAUUAUUAUGUUGUUAAAACAAUACAGUAAUGCAAAUCUGCUGUUAAGAGCUCCCAUUGCCAAAAUCUCAAAAUAAUGUAAGUCUUUAAAAGGUUAUCUUUUGAAUGUAAUCAAAAGUUUACAGGGGUUUUUUGUCCAAAUAUUAAAUUUCUAUUUCAGGGAAAAAGUGAUGUAUCUCCUAUAUUGUAUUUUUGUAGGAAAAUUGUAUUUUAUGUUGUUGAUGUUAGUUUAAAAGGUAAUUUCAUGGUUUACACAUUCUGAAAUGACUGUAAUUACUUUAGAAUUCCAAGUAGAAAAAUAAGGUUGGUUGUUGACUUUUAGUAACUUUUUAUAUUCUUUUUAAAUAUUGAGAAGGAUGUUCAUGUUCACUCCUCUUACAUUAUAAAAGGCCUUUGAGGGUGAAGCUGCUCUUGUGAACUUUAAUAAGUGGUUAAUAGAAAAACAGGUAAGAAUAGAGCAAUGUUGCCUUAAUUGAAAAAGCUGCUAUUUUAAAACUUGAAUAAGUGCCCCUAAAGUGACCAUUGUUAGGGACCAGGAAGUUAUAUUUUGGUUGAGUAAAAGGUGACUGUUUUAUUUUCUGUACUUCAGAAUAUUUUUGGUCAAUUAUUUUGUUACAGUAAGGAAACAAAUCGAAAGAUAUUCCCCCUUUUUAAAAAAAAAAAUGGAAGCUCUGAACUGGGACUGGAGGGGACUAAAUGAAAUUGAGGCAGAUCUCCAAUAUUUUGAAAUUCCAAAAUAGCAUUAAAAGUCCCUUUUGUUUCUUACAUGGGAUCAAUUACUUAAUCAAUUAGUACUUUAGAGUACUGAUCUUACUCAGUUUAGUAGUUCAGUUAGUAAUAACUUCACUGAAAAGUAAACCAUACCUCAAAGUGUAUAUUGGAUUGCAUUUUGGGGUCCUAGCGCAUAAGUCCUUAAAAAUAACAGUCAUAUUGUAGGGUACUUGAAAUUACCAGUGUUAAUAUAAUGAACAGUCGACUUUAGAAUAUCAGUUCUAACUAACGGGGAACAUGACAGAGAUAACCAUAAAGUCAUUUAUAUUUGAUUUUGAAAAUCAGUAUGUCAGACAUCCUAGGACUUCGUAGCACCUUUAACUCAGCAAGUGAUUGAAAUGGAGAUGAGCGCAGUAUGAACAUGUGAUUAUAAGGAAUCAGAAGCUUCAUUCUUUUCUUCAGGCCCCAAACAAGUAACAUCACCACUCAAACUAAACUGGCAGUUUGUAGUCUGGGCCUUUUGGUUUUUUAGCUUUCUGUCUUGUAAUUUUUUUUUAAUUAAGUAUUUUUGUGUAAAAAAUAUUUCAUGAAGGUUAAAUUAGGACGGAAGACAGGUCUGCAGCUCCCCCUUCCUUCACCUCUUUCUCCUGGUCUCCAUGGAUACAGCGAGUGAGAACACGGUUGCCUCAGUACAACCCCACUGGACGCCUGUGUUCUCCUGCCUCCCCUGGCCUUCCGCCGCCUUUGUGCUGAGAGCGUGGGGAAUGGACUGGAGAUUCAAAACUCAACCACCAUCUUUAGGCAAAUACUAGUAAUUAAAAUGUGCCUUUUGAAGCUGUGUUCUUAAAGAAAUAAGUUGUUAUGAUGUGGGUACUGCUUUCAUAAAACAGUUUUUUUUUAAUUUUUGAGAAUUGCUAUAUUAAUUUUUAUAAUGGAAAACUUAGUAAAUUCCUACUGUUUUAUAUCCUGAAGUUAAAAAUAGUGUGGAACUAUUUUUUAAAUGGCCUGACCAGGCUAGAAGAGUAAAAUUGAAAUAUUUAAGAUAUGAUCAUAAGUCAGAGUACAUUAGUUGUAUUUUGUAAAUUUUCAUGAACUUGGUUCUUAUUUAAAUAUUGUGUUAAUUUUUUCAAUGAGUAUAUUUAUAGUGUCAAACUUGGUAGACUAAAGGUGAUAAAAAUCAUUGUCUUAAGGUCAUGGUUCUCCUGAAGUAUGUAUAUUGAAUAUUUAGAAUGUUUGUGAACACAUUAUGUUUAUAAAUGAUGCCAAAUUACCAUUUCCCUCAUCUAUUAGUGGUAUAGUUUAAUUCUUUAAAAUUCCAAAAGCCAUAUUUAACUCCCUUUAUAAUUGAAGAAAUUUUACUUUUGUUUAAUUAUAUGCUUUCUUAUUCUCCCCCAAAUUUGUCAGCAAUUGGAGGCUGUGGAAAACCUGUGGAAGGUUUUUUACAGACUUGAAAAGAGUUUGAGUCACAAUUUUUUUUUAUUUGAAGUUCCGUACUGAUGGAAUUAAAGCCUUAUUAAAAACA